AUGGUUAUACACUUGUGUGGAUUGAUAAUCGUGCCCACGGUUUCAUCUCUGAUUACUAUUAUCAUUAUUACUUUGCUUUACUAUGUUCAUUACAUGAUGUGUUGCAGUUGCUGUUUUUUUUUUUUUUGCAUGCUUGUGGUCGCCCAUACUUGUUUGCCUUCUCCUCUAUAUGCUUCUUACACUCAUCGGGUCGGCCGUUCAUAUAUAGGAGGAAUGAGUGGUUGGUUUGGUUCGCCUGCUCCCACCGCUGCGCCACCCCCGAUUCCUCUUAACAACCCAAUAGGGGUGACCCCGCAGCCCCCAGUACUCGCCGUGCCUGCGCCGCAGCCGGUUUCGCUGUCUGUACCAAAGGCAGUACCCAUUCCACAGAUUAGCGCGCUGCAGCAGCCACUGUCCUCCGUAGAUGCUAAUCUGUUGAUGCCACUGUUAUCAACCCCUCCUCUUCCCCUUUCAACCCUGCCCGCAGUGGCAAAUGAGAGCAGGUUGACGGCGGAACUGCCUCCGACUCUGAGUCCAGGCAGGAGUAGUGAGCCCCUCACUGUUUCACUUGAAGGGUGUGGUGGCGUUAAUGUGGCGGCGAAAGCUGCCAUUUUGCCGGUAGCUGCCCUAGGCGGUAGUGAAGGGCAGAGCGGAGAGCAGGCGGCCGCCGUGGUUGGUGGGGCUGAACAAAUCUCUCCCGCUUUAGGUGGGGUUGUCACAGACGGGGACACACUGGCCGCAUGCAGAAAGUCGCUCCCCUCAUAUGUUGUGUUCGGUGGUGCUCGGUACAACCGCGUGGAUGUGCCGCCAGGGGCUGUGAAGGUUCUAAAACGGAGCAAUGAGAAGCUAAUCUCUGUUGCACCUCGUAAUACAGCUAAGUAUAUGUCACACCAACUUCGACUCGCCAGUGCCAUUUUGAGGUUAGACUCCCGUAUGCGGCCGCCCUCCUCGUCAUUCGAUGCUGCUGCUCGGUUUAGUGCCGUUGCACCACAGGACGCCGGACCACUUGAGUGCGACACGUUUUCUCUGAAAAACAUAUGGACAAUUGCCUACGCUGGUAGUGUGAAAGAUCUACACGCUUUUAUAGAGCUGGAUGGCAGUGCUGUCAGUGCGAGAGGAUUUGUGGUGUACAACCGGCGCCACUAUGGCUUAAAGAGGCUAUCGGAAAAGUUUGUCCUUGGCCUCGGUCAGAAGGCCACUCCCCUUCAGUAUGCUGCCAUCGCCGGUCACGUAGACAGCGUGGUUCUCCUUCUUUGUAUGGGAGCUGAGGAUGACUCGUAUCCUUAUCUGAGGGAUAUUCUUGGUGAUGAGUUAGAAACAACUGUAAAAGGUGUGAACGCAAAGCUGCGUUCUCGAAGGAAGCAUCACUGCAGCCGAAGGAAAGGGAAACGAGGACCAGCCCCGACGGUUGCUCCUCCGCCGCCUGCAGCUGAAGAAGAUUGCCCUGCUGGGACGCAACCAUAG